AUGGCCUUCAACGGACGGUUGUUAAGCUUUCUCUCUGUUCUUUGUUGCAUUUCCACCGUUCAGAGCGGCGACUAUUUUGUUGCACUUUCGAGAGUGGUGCAAUGUUGCACAGAUGAGAAGGUGGUUGUCUCAGUCUUCGGCGUGGGAUCGUCUGCAAUCGCGACACGAUUGGUAGUGGAAGACGCCAAUGGAGUUGUCCUGUACGGGACAGACACAGUAGAUGUUGAAGAAGGCACCCCACAAGAGUUCCUUAUUUCGGUUCCAUGCCAACGCCUUCCCAAACCAACAUUUCCAGACGGUCAGCGCCUUGUUACGGUCAGAGCAAUCAGUGACGACAGCUCGCUGUCGUUCAACAAUGCAGUCUCAGUGGCCGUCAAAUCCAGUCCUUCUAUUGUGCUCAUCCAGACAGACAAGCCCAUCUACGUGAAAAAUGAUAAUGUCACCAUUCGAGUGGCUGUUCUUGGCUGCAACUUUGUUCCUUGCUGUAGAGAAGAUAACAAGUGCAUAUGCAACGUUCUUCUCGACAUCAAGAAUCCACAAAAUAUUAUAGUUGAUAGGUUGACUAUCAAACAAUGCGCCUCUCGAGAAAUGAUAAAGAGACGGACAUUUAACUUGGGGCUGACUCCUAUUGAAGGUGAUUGGUCAAUCGUUGCCAAACGAAGCUGUGAUGACACUGUCAUUUCAGAAACAAGCUUUGAAGUAAAGAAUUACGUUCUUCCCCGCUUUGAUGUCGUGGUAAGAUCACCGAGAUUUGUGAAGGCAAAUGAUGAACAUAUCAAAGUUAAUGUGACGGCAUCAUAUACUUACUACAAAGGAGUAGUUGGAACUUUGCGUGUGCAACUCGGUAUUUGGAAUGAAUCAACGGAGACUGCCAACGUCAUUAUUAGCCAGCAAUUUUUUCUCCUACCUGGGGAUAAAGGAGUAAAAAAGCUGACGUUUGCCAAUGGAGGAUACGAACAGUUUCCCCUCGGUAGACGCUUGUCUGUCUUUGUUGAAGUCACUGAGAAAGCCAGUGGCAUCAAGGCUAGCGCGUCAGACAACACGGCCGUGUUUACAGACAAUCCUAUCAAACUUGACUGUGACCUCAUGCCUCCAUACUACAAACCAAACUUACCUCUACAGAUGCAGACUGAAAAGAAUCAAAUUAUAGUGCAGUACAAUACUUAUGACACUACAAGGAGAAGAGUUUUUAAUUUUCUGCUGCCGAAGGGCACUAAUUCUGUCGGUUACUGCUCGUUUUUCCAUUUUUGUCCUAAAGCAGGCAAAAAGGUCAAGCUUAAAGUGAUCAACAUAAGUGUAGGUGAUCAGAGGAAGCAGGAAGGUCAAAGUCCUCAUAGUGAUAUCAUUAAUGCUCAAGAAUGCACUAAAUGGCUGGUUCGCGCUCGUUAUCCAAAUGGCGAUAACGCAGAAGGCGUGUUAGUUACAGCUACUUAUGAGGGCAACAGCAAAAAGCAAACAACCGGUACUAGUGGUAUAGUCAAUCUUGCAGUUGAUGUUGCCGGUGAGAAUCAAGAAAGCAUUAAAAUCAAGGUGACGGCAAAAAAUCAGAUUUUGGGUGUUGAUUGCAUAUUUAAGAAAUUUUGUUCGCCAUGCUCUGGCCUUUUCUCUGUUAGAGCAACGGUUGGAAAAGAGAGGGUUGGAGGAACUGCUGACUUUGAGAUUGUUAAGUCUCACGCGGCCACCGAGAGGUUACCAAUUACUGCUCUUGUAGUCGCCAGAGGGAGCAUCCAGUCUUCUCAACGCUUUUCAAGUAGCUCAGGUCCGAUCACUACGUUUCAGGUUCAAGUCACUCCUCAGUUGGCUGAUCGUUUCUGCGUCGUUGCUUACUAUGUGAAACGUUGCUCGGAUGGGCAGUAUCAUGUCAUCUCUGAUAUUGCCUGCGUAGAGACCGACAAACGGUGUGCAAACGAGAUAUCUCUGAGUCUAGCAAACUCAAUUGUAGAACCUGGUUCGCAAGUCAAUCUUGAUAUUAAAGUGGAUUGCCCUUUUUCCGAUAUUGCUCUUCUUGCUGUGGACAAGGGAUUGUAUAUUCUCAAUAAUGAAAACAAAUUGACUCGGGAGAAGAUGUUUAAAACUUUGGAUAAUUGUUCACGCUCGUGUGGUUAUACGUUGGCAAGCUCAGAUGGUAUAUUUGACGUAGCUGGAUUGACAGCAAUUUCACAAACUCAGCUGAAUCCUCAGUGCAACUGUUGUUCACGAUCUUGCAGUUCUACUUGCCUAAAGGAGGAAAUUGCUAAAGAAAUCGUCUUUUGUACGACACUAGGUGAUGAUCGUUGUCCUGAGAUUUAUCAGCAGAUUCGAGAUAAGGGUAUUUGGGCUAUACCAAUACGGCGAUAUCGUUUCUGUUUCUCUGAGUACCAGAAAAUGGUCGAAGGGACAUCAUCUUUUAAUUUGACAACCGAAAUAGACGCUCGUGCUCAGUACGAUUGCUGCGUUGGAAAGGAUCUAAGGGCCAAAGCUAACGUUCCAUCUGAAUUCAAUGAUAUUUUUGAAAGUUCUGAAGGACGCCCUAACAAAAGAAGGACUUCGUUUCCUCACGUCUGGCUGCAGAACAACGUCAUCACAAACGGUAAUUUGGGGACAGUUGUUCAUGGUCUUGAAGUCCCUGAUUCGAUUACCACAUGGUCUAUCUACGGUUUGGCUCAAUGUUGUGCGACUGGAUUUUGUGUGUCGGAACCAGUUGAACUGACUGUUUUCACACCAGUUUUUGCAGAAUGUCAUUUGCCGUAUUCAUUUAAGCGUCAAGAGCAGGUGUCUGUAACGUGUUCUGUAUACAACUACAAUUCAAACGAUAUCAGAGCUUGUCUUCAAAUUGUGAAUCCACCCGACAACCUUUGCACAUCUGCGGGAACCGGAAAGGAGACGACUGCUGCCUGCUUUGUGGUCGACGCUGAAGACACACGCUCGGUUAAUAUUCCAUUGUUGCCUCUUGAAGUGGGCACCACAAAGCUGACUGUAAGGAUGAAAUCAUUCUUUGGAGAAGAUGAAGUAGAAAUGGAUGUCAAGGUUGAACCAGAAGGAGUCCGACGAGAUUACGACUUUCGAGCUGAGCUAGAUCCUCAAGGUGUCAACAUGGCAGAUCCUGGAGGAUGCAGUCUACCGCCGGCUUUAGGUAUCAUGACGUCAGUUUGUAAUAAUUAA